AUGGUGGUGAAGUGUAAGCUUACGAGGAAGCUUCAUAUUGACGGGUGGAAAACAAACAGGAUUGACGAUGAAGGUUUGAUUGGUGUAGCAAAAUAUUGCCAUAACCUUCAAGAGUUGGUCCUUAUCGAUGUAAAUCGCGCCCAUGCUAGUUUAUCGCGAUUGGCUUCAAACUGCCACAAGCUAGAGCGAUUGGCGCUAUGUAGGAUUGAGACCAUAGGUGAUGUCGAGAUUUCUUGCAUAGCUGCUAAAUGUACGGAGUUGAAGAAGCUAUGCAUCAACAGUUGCCAUGUGUCCGAUCAUGGAAUGGAAGGUCUAGUACUUGGGUGCCUUAAUUUGGUGAAGGUGAAGAAAUGCAAGGGAGUCGCAUGUGAUGGUGUUGGUUGGUUGAGGGCUAGCCGGGAAUCAUUAGCUGUCAAGUUGGAUGCUUUGGUGGUUGAAAAUCAAAACCAGAAUGCAACCGUUGAGGUGGUGGUGGAGGACCAACAACCACCGGCAACUAGUGACCUCAGAGGCAGUGUUAAUGGUGGUUCUAGCAAUAACCGACGGUCAACAUCGCUUUAA